CCCCACAACAAUGGCGUCGCUGUCCCCACUCUCCCUCCUCCUCCUCCUCAUUUUCGCCUUCGCAGAUCAAUGCACCUCGCAAAACACCACAACCACGGAAUGCCUGAAGCUACCUUUGCUUCACAGGAGCCCUUUCCUAUCCCCAGCCGAGGCUCUCUCACGGGACUACCACCGCCUCUCGGCCUUCCACAACCGCGCGGUCCCCAAAUACCCCGUGGUCUCCGGCGCUUCCUCCGGCUCCGGCCAGUACUUCGUGUCCCUGCGCCUGGGCACCCCGCCCCAGAACCUCCUCCUCAUCGCCGACACCGGCAGCGACCUCAUCUGGGUCAAGUGCUCCGCCUGUAACACCAAAUGCUCCGCCGCAACCCACGUCCCCGGAUCCGCCUUCCUCGCCCGCCACUCCUCCACCUUCUCCCCCCACCACUGCUUCGACUCCCCGUGCCGGCUCGUCCCCCACCCGCCACGCUCCCGCUGCAACCACACCAGCCGGCUCCACACCCCUUGCCGCUACCAGUACUCCUACUCCGACGGCUCCGUUACCAGUGGCUUCUUCUCCAAGGAAACGACGACGUUGAACACCAGCGCCGGGAGAGAGGCCAGGUUGAAAAGUCUGGCAUUCGGGUGCGGGUUUCGGGUAUCGGGUCCGAGUGUUUCCGGCGCCAGCUUCAAUGGGGCCCAUGGAGUCAUGGGUCUGGGCAGAGGGCCCAUUUCGUUCUCGUCCCAGCUGGGUCGUCGAUUCGGUAACAAGUUCUCCUACUGUCUCAUGGACUACACAAUAUCUCCGCCCCCGACGAGCUUUCUGACGAUCGGGCACAACGUAUUUCCAAGAGUCUCUAGAAUACGCUUCACACCCUUGCAGACCAAUCCUCUGUCUCCCUCAUUCUACUACAUUGGCAUCCAGAGCGUCUCUGUGAACGGUGCGAAAUUACCGAUCAACCCUUCCGUCUGGUCCGUCGACGAGCGUGGUAACGGCGGAACGGUCAUAGACUCCGGCACCACGCUGACCUUCUUAGCCGAGCCGGCUUACCGUCAAGUUUUAGCGGCUUUUAAACGGCAAGUAAGAAGGCUGCCGAGUCUGCCUGAACCCACGCCAGGAUUCGACCUCUGCGUGAACGUCUCGGGCGUGUCGAGACCGAGUCUUCCCAGGCUGAGUUUCAGACUCGUCGGAAAUUCGGUGUUCUCGCCGCCUCCGAGGAAUCAUUUCAUCGAAACGGCGGACCAAGUCAUGUGCCUGGCGAUUCAACCCGUCAACUCGGAGAUCGGGUUCUCGGUGAUAGGGAAUCUGAUGCAGCAAGGUUUUCUGUUGGAGUUUGACAGGGAAAGGUCGCGGCUCGGUUUUUCACGUCAUGGCUGCGCUCUACCGUGAGUGAGUCGAUGACUCGCUGAACUCGUUUUGAUUUUUUUUUUUUUUUUUUUACAAUUUUAUUGCUGCAAUAUUAUAAGCGUAAUUAUUUUGGGA